CCGCGUCGCGGUAACACCGGUGGUGUAGUGGUAGUAAUAGAGCAAUAGUGGAACAGCAGUAGUAGCGCCGCCGCCACCGCUGCCAUCGCCGCCACCACCACCACCGCCGUCACCGUCGCCGCCACCGCCGCCGCACACUCGUCGUCGGUCGCGCAUCGUGGCGACAGUUAGCAGCGGCAGCCGUAUCGUCGUCGGUCGCGCAUCGUGGCGACAGCAAGUAACGGCCGUCGUCGUCGUGUCGUUAGGCUCGGUCAGACUCGGCUGCGAUCGAGUCGAUCGUGUCCCGUACGCGAGUUGUAACAUCGUGCGAGCUGGUAGAACGUUGUGCAGGAGAUAACGAGAGAAGGCGCGGCAGGACCCAGGAACAGGCGGUGACGGAGCGUAAGGAGAGAGAGAGAGAAAGAGAGAGAGAGGCGAUCGCAGGUUAAAAGCGGAUAAAGGCAGCAGCAACAGCUCCGGCCGCGUCGUGUGUGCGCGCUCGCUAAACAAAGAUGGCGGAGGUGGACUCGAGGGUAGACCGGUCCGACCCGGAGCUGCGUUUCUUGUCGGUCGACAGGAACAGCUUCAACGACCCGGCCACUCAGGCGGAAUGGACGCAGAAGAAGCUGGUGUGGGUGCCGCACGAGAGCCAGGGCUUCGUCGCCGCCGGCAUCAAGGGGGAGCGCGGCGACGAGGUCGAGGUGGAGAUCGCCGAGACCGGCAAGCGCGUACUCGUCGCGAAGGACGACAUACAGAAGAUGAAUCCGCCCAAGUUCGACAAGGUCGAGGACAUGGCGGAGCUCACCUGCCUCAACGAGGCAUCUGUGCUGCAUAACCUAAAGGACCGCUACUACUCUGGACUGAUUUACACGUACUCCGGCCUCUUCUGCGUCGUGGUAAACCCCUACAAGAGAUUGCCGAUAUACACAGAGAAGAUCAUGGAGAGGUACAAAGGCAUCAAGAGACACGAAGUGCCGCCGCACGUAUUCGCCAUUACCGAUACGGCUUAUCGCUCUAUGCUACAAGAUCGCGAGGACCAGUCGAUUCUCUGCACCGGUGAGUCUGGCGCCGGCAAGACCGAGAACACGAAGAAAGUGAUUCAAUACUUGGCCUAUGUGGCCGCCUCGAAACCCAAGUCGAACGCGACUCCGAGCCCGGCAUUAAUCAUAGGAGAACUCGAGCAACAACUUCUUCAGGCGAAUCCAAUUUUAGAAGCAUUUGGUAAUGCAAAGACCGUGAAGAACGACAACUCGUCUCGCUUUGGUAAAUUUAUCAGAAUCAAUUUCGACGCAUCCGGUUACAUAGCUGGCGCAAAUAUCGAGACAUACCUUUUGGAAAAAUCGAGAGCCAUUCGACAAGCGAAGGAUGAGAGAACCUUCCAUAUAUUUUAUCAGCUGCUGGCAGGCGCCUCGCCGGAGCAGAAGAAGGAAUUCAUACUGGAGGAUCCGAAGCACUAUCCUUUUCUGUCGAACGGGGCCUUACCUGUGCCCGGUGUCGACGAUUCCGCCGAAUUCUUCUCCACUGUGAAAUCGAUGCACAUAAUGGGUAUGACCAACGAGGACUUCUCGUCCAUCUUUCGUAUCGUUUCCGCCGUAAUGCUGUUCGGCUCGAUGCAGUUCCGCCAAGAACGGAAUUCCGACCAGGCGACACUGCCUGACAACACGGUGGCCCAGAAGAUCUCGCACCUGCUGGGCCUGAGCGUGACCGAGAUGACGAAGGCCUUCCUGAAGCCGCGCAUCAAGGUAGGCCGCGACUUCGUGACCAAGGCGCAGACGAAGGAGCAGGUGGAGUUCGCCGUGGAGGCGAUCUCGAAGGCAUGCUACGAGAGGAUGUUCCGCUGGCUGGUGAACAGAAUCAACAGGUCGCUGGACAGGACGAAGCGGCAAGGCGCCAGCUUCAUCGGUAUCUUGGAUAUGGCCGGUUUCGAGAUAUUCGAGCUGAACUCCUUCGAACAGCUGUGCAUUAAUUACACGAACGAGAAGCUGCAACAGUUGUUCAACCAUACGAUGUUCAUUCUGGAGCAGGAGGAGUAUCAGCGAGAAGGCAUCGAGUGGAAGUUCAUCGAUUUCGGGCUCGAUCUGCAACCGACGAUCGACCUGAUCGACAAACCUAUGGGCAUAAUGGCGCUCUUGGACGAGGAGUGCUGGUUCCCCAAAGCCACGGACAAGACGUUCGUGGAGAAGCUGGUGGGCGCGCACAGCGUGCACCCCAAGUUCAUGAAGACCGACUUUCGCGGUGUCGCCGACUUCGCCAUCAUCCACUACGCCGGCAAGGUGGACUACUCCGCCGCCAAGUGGCUGAUGAAGAACAUGGACCCGUUGAACGAGAAUGUCGUCAGUCUGCUGCAGGCCUCGCAGGAUCCGUUCGUGUGCCACAUCUGGAAGGACGCGGAGAUUGUCGGCAUGGCGCAGCAGGCACUCACGGACACGCAGUUCGGCGCGAGGACCAGGAAGGGCAUGUUCAGGACGGUUUCACAGCUGUACAAGGAACAGCUGGCGAAACUGAUGGUGACGCUGCGCAAUACGAAUCCGAACUUCGUACGGUGUAUCAUCCCGAAUCACGAGAAGAGAGCCGGUAAGAUCGACGCGCCGCUGGUGUUGGACCAGCUGCGAUGCAACGGAGUGUUGGAAGGUAUUCGUAUCUGCCGGCAAGGUUUCCCCAACAGGAUUCCCUUCCAGGAGUUCAGGCAACGCUACGAGCUGCUCACUCCGAACGCCAUUCCGAAGGGAUUCAUGGACGGCAAGAAGGCUUGCGAGAAAAUGAUUCAAGCUUUAGAGUUGGACCCGAAUCUUUAUCGCGUCGGACAGUCCAAGAUUUUCUUCCGUGCCGGCGUGUUGGCGCACCUAGAGGAAGAGAGAGAUUACAAGAUCACGGACAUAAUCGUCAACUUCCAGGCCUUUUGUCGCGGCUUCCUGGCCAGACGUAAUUAUCAGAAGCGGCUGCAGCAGUUGAACGCCAUUCGUAUUAUCCAGAGAAAUUGCGCGGCUUACCUGAAGCUGCGCAACUGGCAAUGGUGGAGGCUCUACACCAAGGUGAAGCCUCUGCUGGAGGUCACGAAGCAGGAAGAGAAGCUCACGCAGAAGGAGGACGAGCUGAAGCAAGUGCGCGACAAACUGGAGCUGCAGUUGCACUCGGCUCAGGAGUACCAACGUAAGUAUCAGCUGGCCAUCGAGGAGAAGACUAUGCUCGCGGAGCAACUGCAGGCGGAAGUUGAGCUCUGCGCGGAGGCCGAGGAGAUGAGGGCGAGGUUGGCUGCGAGGAAACAGGAGCUCGAGGAGAUCCUGCACGAUAUGGAAGCGCGUAUGGAGGAGGAGGAAGAGCGAACCGCCGCUUUGACUCAAGAGAAGAAGAAGUUACAGCUGAACAUCAGCGACCUGGAGGAGCAAUUGGAGGAGGAGGAAGCUGCCAGGCAGAAGCUCCAGUUGGAGAAGGUGCAGUGCGACGCGAAGAUCAAGAAGUUGGAGGAGGACCUCGCGCUUUCGGACGAUACCAAUCAGAAGCUGCUGAAGGAGAAGAAGAUCCUCGAGGAACGAGCCAACGAUCUCUCGCAGACUCUGGCGGAGGAGGAGGAGAAGGCGAAGCAUCUUUCGAAGUUGAAGGCCAAGCACGAAGCGACGAUCGCCGAUCUCGAGGAGAGGCUUCUCAAGGAUCACCAGCAACGCCAAGAGGUGGACAGAUCAAAACGGAAGGUCGAGACUGAAGUCUCAGAUUUGAAGGAACAGUUGGCCGAGCGGAAAACGCAAGUCGAGGAACUGCAGCUGCAGCUGGGCAAGCGCGAGGAAGAACUGAACCAGGUUAUGGCGAAGAUGGACGAGGAGGGCGCCGCCAAGGCUCAAGCUCAGAAGGCUCUCAGAGAGCUAGAGUCGCAAUUAGCCGAGCUGCAGGAAGACUUGGAAGCCGAGAAGGCGGCUAGGGGUAAGGCGGAGAAACUGCGGCGUGACCUGAACGAGGAAUUGGAGGCGUUGAAGAACGAAUUGUUGGAUUCUCUGGACACCACCGCAGCCCAGCAGGAGCUGAGGAGCAAACGGGAGCAGGAACUCGCAACGUUGAAGAAGAAUCUCGAGGAGGAGACGUCGUUACACGAGGCCACGCUCGCCGACAUGCGUCACAAGCACACGCAGGAGCUGACCGCGUUGAACGAACAAAUGGACGCGUUGAAGAAGACGAAGGCGGCACUGGAGAAAGCGAAGGGCACCUUGGAGGCCGAGAACGCCGACCUGGCGACGGAGUUGAGGUCGGUCAGUGCGAGCAGGCAGGAGUCCGACCGUCGUCGUAAGCAGGCGGAGCAACAACUGACCGAGAUAAACGCAAAACUGGCCGAGGUGGAGAGGAACAAGCAGGAACUGGCGGAGAAAGUAACGAAGCUGCAGCAGGAGGCGGAGAGCGUGAUGCAGCAGCUCGAGACCGCGGAGUUGAAAGCAUCCGCGGCGCUGAAGGCGUCGGCCACUUGCGAGUCGCAGUUCACCGAACUUCAGCAGCGGUUGGAAGAGGAGACCCGGCAGAAACUGGCCCUCAGCUCGAAGCUGCGCGCAUUGGAGAGCGAGAAGGAGAGCCUGCGCGAUCAGCUCGAGGAGGAGGAGGAGGCGAAGCGUGCCUUGGACAAGCAGGUGUUGGGCUUGAACGUGCAGUUGGCUGAGGCGAAAAAACGCGCCGACGAGGAGGCGGAAGCCGCCGUUGCGCUCGAGGAGGCCAGGAAACGUUGCACCAAGGACAUCGAAGCUCUUCAGAGGCAGGUCGAGGAGCUGCAAGCGGCGAACGACAAGCUCGACAAGUCGAAGAAGAAGAUACAGGCGGAACUGGAGGACAGCAUCAUCGAGCUGGAGGCCCAACGGGCGAAGGUGCUCGAACUGGAGAAGAAGCAGAAGAACUUCGACAAGGUACUGGCCGAGGAGAAGGCCGUCUCCGUGCAGUACGCGGAGCAACGGGACGCCGCGGAGCGGGAGGCGCGCGCGAUGGAGACCAGGGUGUUGUCGUUGACCCGCGAACUGGACGAGCUCAGCGAGAAGGUCGAGGAACUGGAGCGGGGUCGCAGGGGUCUGCAGUCGGAGCUGGACGAGUUGGUGAACAAUCAGGGCACCGCCGACAAGAACGUCCACGAGUUGGAGAAGGCGAAACGCGCCCUGGAGUCGCAACUGGCUGAGCAGAAGUCGCAAGUGGAGGAGCUGGAGGACGAGCUGCAGUUCACGGAGGACGCGAAGCUGCGGCUGGAGGUGAACAUGCAGGCGUUGCGCGCUCAGUUCGAGCGCGACCUGCAGACGAAGGAGGAGCAGGCCGAGGAGAAGCGCAGAGGGCUGGUGAAGCAGUUGCGCGACUUCGAAGCGGAGCUCGAGGACGAGAGGAAGCAACGCGCCGCGGCGACCGCGCAGCGCAAGAAGAUGGAGGCCGAUUACAAGGACAUCGAGCAACAGCUGGAGAUGCACAACAAGGUGAAGGAGGACGCGCUGAAGCAGCUGAAGAAGCUGCAAACGCAGAUCAAGGAUUGCACCAGGGAGACCGAGGAAGCCAGGGCCGCCAGGGACGAAUUGGCGGCUGCGUCCAAGGAGACCGAGAGGAAGGUGAAGAGCUUGGAAGCGGACCUGAUGCAGCUGACCGAGGACUUCGCCAGCAGCGAGCGCGCCAGGAGAACCGCCGAGAACGAGCGGGACGAGCUGCAGGAGGAAGUCAACAACAAUGCGAACAAAGGCACUCUCAUGUUGGACGAGAAACGCAGACUGGAGGCGAGGAUCGCCACUCUCGAGGAGGAGCUGGAGGAGGAGCAGUCGAACGCCGAGAUCGUGAUGGAUCGCGCCAGGAAGGGCCAGAUCAUGAUCGAGCAGCUGACGACGGACCUCGCGACCGAGCGCUCCACCACGCAGAAGUUGGAGUCGCACAAGACGCUGCUGGAGAGGCAGAACAAGGACCUGAAGGCGAAACUGACCGAGCUGGAGACUGCGCAACGUGCCAAGACCAAGGCCACGAUACAGCAGCUGGAAUCGAAGAUUAACAGUCUGGACGAGCAGCUCGAGAUCGAGGCCAAAGAGAGAUUCGCUCAGCAGAAGAUCAAUCGUAAGCUGGAGAAGAAACUGAAGGAUCUGAGCUUGCAGCUGGAGGAGGAGAGACGGAACUCCGACCAGUACAAGGAGCAGGCGGAGAAGGUCAACGUCAGGAUGAAGGCGUUGAAGAGACAAUUGGACGAGGCCGAGGAGGAGAUCAGCAGGCACAAGACCAUGAAGCGGAAAGCCCAGAGAGAGAUGGACGACAUGAUAGAAUCUCAGGAGGAGCUCACACGGGAGCUGACGCAUCUGAAGAAUAAAUUAAGGCGCGGCGGUCCUCCGAUCAGCAGUCUGAGCUCUUCCUCGAGGCUGAAACGCGGUUCCGUGCAAACCGGCGGCUCCGGCGACGACUCGACGACGCAGGACGAGAGCAUCGACGGCGAGGAGAACGUCAAUUGAGUGACGGAGUUGGCCCAGUGUGCUCUCGAAGCUCUGUGAAUUCUGUACAUACGUCCGUCGAGAGAGUGGUUGGCUUUUCCGUUCGACGAUUCGGUAACCACACGUGAAUCAACCGACGUCUCGCCGCGUCACUCCGCGAGUAACGACCAGCUCCACGAUCAAAAAAA